AUGGCUACGUUCCAGGUUGCACCUCCAGAGACGUUUGAUUUCUCGUCCCCUGAGCAAUGGCCAGGGUGGAGUCGUAGAUUUGAGAGAUUCCGAACCGCUUCAGGUCUCGUGGAGAAAGAAGACGCAAUGCAGAGAACGAAGUAUGCAGACCUCAAGGCUAGGUUAGAUGGCUACUUCGUAAAGAAACGAAACGUGAUCUUUGAAAGAGCAAAAUUCAACCAACGACGCCAGACGAGAGAUGAACCGGUCGAGACAUUCAUCACAGCGUUGUACAGCUUGGUGGAGCAUUGUGAGUUUGGAACACUCCGCGAAGAGCUAAUUCGCGACCGCCUGGCGGUAGGGUUGCGGGAUGCCAAGUUAUCGGAAGCGUUGCAGAUGGACUCAGAUUUGACUCUUUCGACGGCAAUAACAAAAUAUCGUCAGAGCGAAGCUGUAAAAGAGCAGCAGACUGUAGUUCGAAAUGAACUACCCUUGGAAUCUCAGAAGUCAACAGAGUUGGAAGCAGCUCAGAUACGCCGCGUGAAGCGAUCGCUAACAGGGCAACGAAAAAGCAAGCCGGCGCAUUUUCAAGCCAGUCGAGUCAGCAAAAAGCAAACGAGCACACCAGGAAGUACAUGCCAGAGGUGCGGCGCAGAACCUACACACGGUAGAGAGCAGUGUCCUGCGAUUAACGCGAAAUGCCACAAGUGCGGGAAGUUGGGACACUAUGCGCGUGUCUGCAAGACAAAGAAGGUCUCAACGGUAUUUGAAGUCCAAGGCUCGGGAGAGUUCGGUGAUCUUUUCUCACUGAGUAAUGAGAGCAUGUCUAAACAAUGUAAAGCAUGGAUGGUUCAGGUUACGUUAGAUGGCGUUCCAGUCGUAUUUAAGAUAGACACUGGAGCGGACGUUACCGUGACUCCAGAGUCUAUGUUUGGUAACAUUACGACAAAGCUACAACCAACGGGAGCCAGACUGAGAGGGCCCGUAGAUAAUGUGCUACGUGUUCGUGGUCUGGGAAAACUAGAAGGAGAGUAUGAAAUCAAGCUGAAAGAGAAUGCAACACCUUUCGCUUUGUCCACUCCCCGUCGUGUGCCGCUGCCACUUAUGAAAGAAGUGGAGACGGAGCUUGAAAGAAUGCUGAAGGAGGGAGUGAUUUCUCAAGUUGAAACGCCAACUGAUUGGUGUUCCGGCAUAGUUGUAGUGCCAAAAUCAGGAGGAAGAGUUCGAACAUGCGUAGAUUUGUCUAGACUAAAUGAGAGUGUAUGCAGAGAGCGUUUGAUAUUACCGUCUGUAGACUACACAUUGGGUCAAUUAGCUGGAGCUAAGGUGUUUACGAAAUUGGAUGCCAACAGUGGAUUCUGGCAAAUACCAUUGUCCAAAAAUUCAGCUCUUCUCACCACUUUCAUAACACCAUUUGGAAGAUUCUGCUUCAACAGACUCCCAUUUGGUAUUUCAUCAGCUCCUGAAUUGUUUUAA